CGUCGUACACCUUUUCGUUCGUGUGUUUCGCUGACACGUCUAGAAUUUUUCGUUCUCUCCCCCUAAACAGCUAAACAGCUAAAAAAAAAUAAUAACCCCUCAAAUUCAAAACGACGACUUCAAAUUACAAUCGAUUCCAAGCAGAAGAUUGUUAUUUUAAAUCAGAUGAACGGCUCUGAACGAUAAUGGAUCCUAACUAUGCAAGUGCUGGCGGAGGUGGUGGUGGUGGUGUUAGUGUUGGUGUUGGGAUUGCAGGAGUAGGAGGAGGAGGAAGUGCAACACCAGCGGCAGCGGCAGUUGCAGCAAGUGGUGGAAGAUAUAACGCUGCUUUUUACAAGGAUCCACUUGUCAGUUGUCAGAGGAGUGCUCCAACUCCGUACAGCUCAUAUGAUCCAUAUGGAAGCAGUGCUGGUAAGGUAUCUAGUGCAUAUCCGUAUGAUGCCGAGGCAGAAUUCAAAGAGCGAACUGGUAUGGGAAAGACGAAGAUAUUGGCGGGAAAUACAGUUGCUGCGAAUAGUGCGAAAAUUCAACACCAUCAGUUGGCGUAUAAUCAGAACAGCUGUUAUGGUGGCAGUUAUAGUCAAGGCAACAUACCUGAAAGUUCAAACUACUAUGGAUAUUCCUACGAACAGCAACAACAAAAUCAUCCUUAUGCCCAGCAUCAGCAGCAGCAACAACAACAACAACAACAACAACAACAGUACCACCACCAAAGUCAACUUCAACAACAGUACAAAUAUAAUAAACUAGUUGCUGCCCAACACCAACAACAACAUCAGCAGCAGCAGCAACACCACCAGCAUCAGCAUCAACAUCAGCAUCAGCAUCUCCAGCAACAGCAACAGAAAAUUUCACAACCAGAAUAUGGAUACACUUCUUAUCACCAUCCCUAUUAUCAUCCUCAUUAUCAUCAUCCUUCUUCGUCCACCCAAAAGGGCGUUUCAGUGAUGAAAACAUUACCAGAUGCUAGCAGCUCUAUGCCAUAUGUUAACAGUAAAAUGAUGACUGCUCGUGCGCCUCAAUAUCCAUCUAGCUACACCUCCUCCUACCAACACCACCACCACCACCCACAAAGCAGUUACCCGCCAGUUGUCACAGCAGGACACCAGCAUACAUAUCAAAGCCAAAGUGUCUGCGACGACAGCCGAUGGAUGUGGAAUAGCAGUGGUGUUAGCGACUAUCCUAAUAGUAGCUGUCGAAGUGCUACUUAUUCGGGUUAUGUUAAUGGCUCUGGGGUAACAGCAAAACAGCAACACAACUCAUUGUGGCCGCCACAUUCAAUGCCAAUUCAAUAUCAAUCUACAGGAUAUCCCGCUGCUGCUUCUUCUGCUGCUGCUGGGGUUAUGGCUCCAAAUCAAAGUUGUUGCCCGCCUCCGCCGCUAACGGCGCAAAGUUCAACAACCACAUAUUAUCCGCAACAAUACGUCAAAUAUCCGAUGCAUCAGUCUGCAGCAGAUUACAACAAUGAUCUCUAUGGAAACCCUUCUCAAAGUAAUUCAGCGGCAUCAACAGCGGCAGCUGCUUCAGGAAAAGUAUACACUGAUCUCAGUGGAAACUCAUAUCAGGGGGGGAUUAAUAGCCCCAUUUCCUACCACCACCAUCAACAACAGCAACAAGCAACGGGUGAAUACAGUACGUCACCUUCAUCCUCACUCGAUUACAGUUGUUCAAGGUACUUACAGCAGCAGCAACAGCAGCAACAUCAACAUCAGCAUCAGCAGCAACAACAAACCGAAUCACCCUCCUCUCUCUCAUCAACAUCCUCCUCAACAUCCUCGUACAAUCAUCAUUACUACCAUCCCUAUUCGACAUAUUCAAAUGUCGAAGCCCACCAAGAGACGUAUCAGCAACAAGUUGACACCAAAAUCAAAAGUCAAAGUCUAAGGGAUUUCCUUACGUCAUGGAAUGAAGACGAAGAUGAAAUGGGCGCCACCACCGAGGGGGGUCCCUAUAUAGAACAGUUGCAUUUAACUUCGGAUCAUUUUGCUCAAGAAAACAACAACAACAACAACAUGGGGAAUGCUGCUCCAAUUAUGGAGAAUCACCUUCAAUUCAAAGGAUCUUUUUCAUCCUCAUCCAGACCAAAGAUCCACGUCGGCAUAACUGUGGACAGUACUGUCGAAUCGGAUCAGUACAUUAAUUUGCCCGAUAUUAUAAUUGAUAUUGAAAAAUCUAACAAAGAUAUAAUUAGCCUACCAGCAGAAGAUUGUCUCGUAGCUAAUAUUCCCGUUAUGGAAAAAGAUGGUAUUUUCAUAAAAGAAGAAAAAAAAGAACACAUGCCAAAUAUUAAGGACGAAGAAGAAGAAGACGAAAUCAUCGUCGACAAAGAGAAAUAUCCAAAGAAACUACAAAAUCAUGUCCAAAGAGAAAAGAAGUCACUGCGAAAGAAGAAAAAAUGUCAAACGUCAAAAAUUCUCCGAACAAAACAACGUCUUACUAUACACCAUCAUCGGCAACAAACAAAAAUGUUAAAAGUAUUCCGGAGAAAAAAGUUAAUUUGUCGUCGUGUUAAAUUUGAAUCACCACCCACCGCCUCUUGUAGUGUUGUCAUUUCACAGCAAUAUCAUAAUCCUAAAUCUCUUAAGUGUCUCUGUGUGUCGUUGAUAAAUUCGGAAAAAUUUCGUAAACGCAUUCUUGGAACUUAUAGUGAAAUCGAUAGUUUUUUAAAGCACAACAACAAUAAAAAUAAAAAUUUAAUAAUAAGUAAAACAAUUACUAACAAACCUAACACAACCACCGACCGCGACGUCGACGACGAUGACACCGUCGAAAAUGGAGAUAAUAUUGAUGCUGCAGCAAUUGUAUCUAAACCAUCAUCAUUACUACCGUCGUCGUUGUCGUCACCAUCGUCGUUAUCAACAUCAAUAUUAUCCUCCUCUAACUCAACCUCCUCCUCCGUCAUACCAAAGCUAAGUGACCUUUGUAAGAAUGCCUUAAAUAGUUCCUUCGAUCGCGAUGUAUUAGUUAUUAAUUUAGAUGAAAUAUUAGAUAGUGAUAAUUUAUUUGUUGUUCAAUGUGAUAUCAAUGAAAAUAUAUUAGAAAAUUUUAUAGAGCAAACAGAAACAGAACAACUACAACAACAACAGCAAGAAGAAAAUACUAACAGCAGGAGAAACAGUAACAAUAACAACAACAACAGCAAAACGAGCAUCAAUCAAGAAGCAAGAGAAGAAGAAGAAGAAGAAGAUCUGGUAGGAAUAUUAAAUGAUAACAAUAAUAAUUAUAACAACAGUGGUAGUGGCAGUAAUAGCAGAGAUAUAUUCACUCCAGUUCCAACCGAUAUUGAGCGGUUGAAACGGUGUAGCUCAGUAACUGAGGUGAGUAAUUUGCCGCUUGACAAUUCAGUCGAGCAUGACGAUUUUAUUUUAACUUCUAUUAAUAAUCCACUCGUACUACAACCGCCCCUAACUCCACCAUCUAAACCAUCUUCACAAUCCUCACCAGUAGCAGCGCCAGCGCUUAUCGCGGCCACUGCAACUGAUGGCUCUAUAUCGUGCCCAGAAACGUUAUUGUGUGCUGAUGAUGUUGAUGGUCGUGGUCAUGAUCGUCAUCAUCAUCAUAGUCAUAGUUCAUCUUCGUCGUUGAUUGAACAAAAUUGUUGUUUAACACAACAACAAAUCUCAGUUAGUUGCCUUAGCCACAAUAAUAACAACAAAAACAAUGAAAUUCAAAAUCAAAAUGACGAAAAUGACAACAAUCAACAAUUACACGAAAUGUUAAUGUUGUCCGGAAUUGUACAACAACACGAUAUAAAAAUAAUAAAUAAUAAUAAAGAUAGUAAAACUUUCUUGCCACCAACCUCAGCUAUACGAGUAGAUAAAACUACAGCUAAAGCUAGAGCUAUAGCAACUGCAGCUAUAGCCGCAUUUGAUGAUGAUAAUGAUAAUGAUGAUGAUGAUAUUAGUAGUGCAUUAUUGUUGUUAGAUUCGUCGAAAGUUGUGACCACACCAUCAAUACACCACGAAGAGAUUGUACCUGAUAAUUUAAAAAAGUUUCAAAACGAAAAGUUUUUAAAGUAUUUACACGCAAAAUACGUGCAGGGUAAUUUAUCUGAAUUCUAUCAUGCGAAUCGAAUUAUAAAAAAAUAUAAAAAGCGUAUAAUUAAGAAAUUAUUAAAUAUUGUCCGAUGAUGGGAUUGAGAUCGAAUUUAAAGUUUUUUUUUUAUUUUUUGUUAUGGAACAAUUUAUGAUAGUGAAUUUUGGGAGGGUCGGAUGUUUUGGUUAGUGGUUAUAAUACGGUGGUCGGUGUUCAUUAUUCGGUGCGAGGCGAGCUGGUUAAAUAUUUUUUGUUUAUUUUGUUGUAUUGCCAAAUAGAUCAUUUAUUUUUGUGCCCAAACAAAUUGUUAUGUUCCAAACUUAAUUCUUUUAGUCAUAAUUGGAGAACAUAUAUUUAUAGUUAAAAUAGUCAAAAUAUUUAUAGAUAAAUAAUUGUAAAAAAAAACACAUUAAAUAUCCCACUUUUACAUAUUUUUAAGCAAACAAACUUGUCUCAUAGAAAAUAAUAAUAAAUAAGAACAAAGAGAUAUAACUGAGUGUUUUUAUUUUUAAAAAAUGCACCGAGUGCAAUUAUUUAAACAUAGAUGUUGUAUUUUUGCAGGCUGAUUUUUUUUUUAAUUUUUAAGAACACUUUACAUUCAAAAAAAUAAAAAAAAAACAAAAAAAAUAUUAAACAUCCUUCAUAUAAAUUUAAAAAAAAAAAACAAAAAUUAAGUAAAAAAAAAAUGGCAUCUAUGUAUACAAAACACAUACACCUAACACACUUGAUAUUUAUAAUUAUAUAUUUUAUAAAAUAUAUAUUAAAACAAAAAAAAAAGUAUUUUUAAAAUUUAAAACUAAUUGUGGAUAAUUGUUAUGAAUAAGAACAAAAAAUAAAACAAAUAUUUUACAAAACAAUUUUAAAAAAAUUAUACACAUUCAUACAAACAAAAAUGGGAAGGUUUUAAAGUCGCAUUCAAAACAUUUUUAAAAACAAAUAUAUGUGUACACAUUUGUAAUAAAAAAAAUAUGUCUGAUUGUUAACAUACAUACAUAUAUAUAAUUAUUAUAAAAAUAAAACAAAAAAGACAAAUUUUACUUUAUAUACAUUCCAAAAGUAGAAAUGGACCAAAUCUGUUAUUAACUUUUAUUAUUGUGUAAUAAAUAUACUGAUGAUUUAAUAAUGAUUUUUUUGAAAAUCUAAUCUUAAAAAAACAAA